AUGCACGAGACGAACGCGCGUACCAAACGCGAUGCAAGAAAAGACAGAUGCAAGAAGAGGCAACCACUCCUUUUACCUGGGAGAAAAUUUCCAUCUGAUUUGAAGAAAUGGAGUCCAAUUAUCGACGCAGGCCGUACAAAGAUCAAGUUUGCGAUUGCUACGUACAAGGCGUUUGGACAUAGAGGUAGAAUGGGCAGCCAAAAUCCCACAACAAUUAAGAACCAGGUGAAUAAACUUCAUCAUUAUCAUCGUCAAGGUCACCAGAUAGACUUCCAGAAGAUCCCUAUUGGUUACAAAUUCCCCGCUUUUAUCAGAGAUGCUGAUAAAUUGAAAUUCUUUACUACUGUACCAUAA